UCAAUGUCUAUGUCUCUGGCAAACAAAAGGGCGGUUUUGAUAGACUAGAGUCCUCUGCGUGAUUUAGUGUUCUCGAACAAUAAAUAGAGUCAUUUCAAAAGAAAACAUCAGACUGCUGCAUUACUUUUCUUUCUGUGAUGAGAACUUUUGUCAUAAUUGCCUGUUUUAUUGCUGCUGCGACAGCUGCCAAUAAGACAUGUGGAGCCAACGAGGAAAUGGUUGCAUGCCAUGAUCACUGUGAGACACAAUGCGGAUACACUCCAAAAGUGUGUCUAUCUGCUCAAUGUAUUGAAAACGCAUGCGACUGCAAGAAAGGAUUUGUGCGUAAUUCACUUGGAAAAUGUGUCGAUAUUUCCACCUGUACCAAGGAAACUAGCAAAUGUCCGGAAAAUGAGACAUUCUUCCGAUGCGGAACCGCUUGUGAGCCAACUUGUGAAAAACCAGGACCAAGACCAUGUACCAGACAAUGCAUUGUAAAUGUUUGCCAGUGUUCCAGUGGUUUUGUCCGAAACGGUUACAGAUGCACCGAACUCAAGGAGUGCCCAAAGUGAACAUUUUGUAUUCACAUUUGUGAUAAUAAAUCGUUGAAUUUCAUAUUCUGAGAAAAACCAACAAAUUGCCAAAUAGAAUAACAUUCGGUUACCAUGAACU